CAAAAAAAUAUGCAGUGAGUGGCAGUUCUGUGGACAGAAAUGCCUUGUUGAUGAGAGAGGUUAACAGAGAAUGGCCAGACUGGGCAAGAUAAUGAUAGGGCUUCCCUGCGCGCAGUUAUUAUAGUUGAUGCAUUCCCACUCCUCCUCCAUCCGUUCAGUGUUUGUGCAUACCUGACAGCUCCGCGACCGAGAAAACUUGCGUGCACCGUAGACAAUAACACCGCGGCACUUUACGCAUUGUUUUUCUUUAAUCACAAAGCACGAUAUUUAAAUCCCGCAAAGGAAUAUCGAGUUUCGCAAGAAUUAUCGUGAGAGCCUAAUGCAAAUGGACCAUCAGCAUACGUGCGAGGAGAAUCUCACGGUGUAAGACAGGACUCAUCAACGUAUAACUGGCCACCUUUGCACCCUCCAUUAUCUCUAUGGAAACAGAGUACCGUCAGGCAUCAUUGGGCUCUCUGGUUUGUACCCAGGAUGGGGAACCGAUGAGCAACCAGACUCCGGGCCCCGUAACAUUUCAACCGGGGGCCGGAUCUGACUCCUUCCCAUGUCUGCGGCCUCUGUCUUUACCCCCGGAGUCCAGUGAGGAGGCACGAUGCUCAGGGGAGGUCAUCGUUAUGGUCAAGGAUAAAACAGAAAAUGGUAAUGGGAUUUUUUCUUCCCCAGAUAAUGCUUCUGCCUCCAAACCCAUCAUCUCCCCUCCUCGCCGGCAUCAUUCUCUCCCUAAUGCGCACCAUCCUCAUGUGGGCCGCACCCGGAUGGGCAGCCGGUCCAGCUCCAUCGUGUACACAGCAUUCUCUCCGCGACCCUCAGUUUCACGCCACUCUAGUAUCGCCACCAACCCUCCAAUGGACCGUUCCAAACCCAAAGACUACCUCAUCCUGGCUGUCAUUGCUUGCUUCUGUCCUGUCUGGCCAAUCAACAUUGUUGGUUUUGUUUACUCCAUAAUGUCCCGUAACAGUCUCGAGCAGGGGAAUAUAGAUGGAGCGAGACGUCUGGGUCGUGUGGCGAAGCUGCUGUCUGUGGUCUCACUGGUGGGAGGAGCUGUCAUUAUCAUAGCAUGCGCCGUGAACCUGUCAAUUCAUGUGAAAUCCUGAGUGCAAUGAGCGUGCCAUGGAAUUCAGCUUCGCAUCAGACCACUGACUGGAACACCAUGGCCCAUUUGUUUCACCUCACGGUUGCAGUGACAGCAAUCACAACUUACAGG